UCCCGUUCGAGUCCACUAGCCUUGCGCAGGGCGCGAGAUGGCCAGCCUCGAGCGGCCCGGCCGCCGCCCUCCCCCGGACCCCGUCGCCGUGCUCCGUGGCCACCGCGCCGCCGUCAACGACGCCUGCUUCCACCCCUCCCUCCCGCUUCUCUUCUCCGGCGCGGCCGACGGGGAGCUCAGGGCAUGGGACACCGCGAGCCACCGCACCGCCUCCUCGGUCUGGGCUCAUGCCGGGACGGCCGGGGUGUACUCGGUGGCUGCUGGUGCCGGACUUGGGAACAAGAUCAUCAGCCAGGGCAGGGAUGGGACAUGUAAAUGCUGGGUGAUUGAAGAAGCUGGCCUCUCACGGAGGCCCAUAUUAACAGUCAAAACAAGCACAUACCAUUUCUGCAAGAUGUCACUUGUGAAGUCUCCUUCUUUUACACAUUCCGGGAGAUCGGGCUCAAACUGCCCAACUAGUGAUGUAGAGCCACAAAGAGUAGCCAUUGAAGAAAAUGCAGAAUCUCAUGUUGUAAAUCCUACAGAAGGUCCCCAAGAACAUGGAGAAGGCAUUACCUCUAGUGGACGAAAUAUGAUGGCAAUUGCUGGUCAAGAAUCGUCCCAGGUUGAACUUUGGGACAUUACAAGUUCAAGGAAGAUAAUAAACUUGCCCCAAUCAUCAAAUGCUAAUACAAAAGAUCACCCUACUAAGCAAAAAGGCCUGUGCAUGGCUGUGCAAGCUUUCAUCCCCUAUGAAUCUGCAGGCUACGUGAAUAUUUUGUCAAGUUACGAAGAUGGAAGCACUCUUUGGUGGGAUGUACGAAAGCCUGGGUUACCUUUAUCUUCAGUGAAGUAUCAUUCAGAAUCAGCUUUAUCCAUUGCCAUCGAUGGGUCUUGCAAUGGUGGAAUCUCAGGAGGUGCUGAUGAUAAAGUAGCCAUUUUUACUCUUGAUCAUUCAAAGGGCGCAUUUACUCUUAGGAAAGAAAUAGAACUUGAGCGACCGGGUAUAGCUAGCACAGCGAUUAGGCCAGACAACAAGAUCGCUGCAACUGCUGGUUGGGAUCACAGGAUUCGAGUGUAUAACUACAGCAAAGGAAAUGCUCUAGCUGUGUUAAAGUAUCACAGUGAUUCGUGCAACGCGGUGACUUUUUCGUCUGACUGCAAGCUGAUGGCUUCCUGCUCGACGGAUACCACGGUUGCAUUGUGGGAGCUCUAUCCCCCGAAAUCCUAAAGCAAGUUAGACAUCAUAAAAACGGAUGGGGCCAAAUGUUAAUUUACUUAGGCCUUCACUGCUGAAAAGUAGAAUAGUGGAUGCUACAUUUUUGCUUGUAUGUUAGUGAAGGAGCAUUUGGGCGGUUUGUCUCGCUGUGAGUGUUGUUUCUGCAUACUGAAAUUUUCGUGCCUCGGUGUAGUGGAAAUCUAAAAUUACAUAGCCA